GAAGAUAUUGAAGAGUGGGCGCAUUACGAUGAUGAUAGUAUUAAUGAAAUGGUUGAAGAAUCUGGUUCAUCAUCUAUGAUUGAAGAAAAUAUAACACAGUUAGUUGCGGAUAAUGUUAGCUCUGAAGAUGUUGAGGGUGCAACUUUUGAUGACGCCCUAAAUAGUAUCGAAAGAAAAAAUCAACCACUUUUGAAUAAAAAGAAGGAUAAUGAUAUUGAAGUAAGAAUGUUUGGAGAACAGUACGAAUGCGACUGGUGGCAUGAAACAGAAAAAAAACUCCCUCCAUUGAAUUGCUUGUUAUCAAUUAUUUUGUAUUCUGAUGCAACUACCUUUGAUAGCCUUGGUAAAACUUCAGGGCAUCCAGUUUUUUUAACUCUUGGAAAUAUUCCAACUUGGCUUCGAAAUUCUGCAGAUUCGAAAGUUCUUUUAGGAUUUUUACCAAAAGUUCAAGCAUGUGUUCCUGACCGCAUGCACCAUAUCGAUCUUGGCCUGUUCAAAUACCAACUUAAUUUUACACAAGAAAUUUUGAAAAAAGUCAGUGGAGUGGAAUUGCAAAGAAAUUUUGAUGAUCGUCUCCGUCACAUUCCUCGUUUUCCUGGGUUGAAAUUAUAUAGUAAACUAGGACAAUUAAAAAUAAUGACUGCUGCGGACUAUCAGAAUCUAAUGAAGUUAUAUGCUAAAUUUAGUAAUAUGUACAUAAUGAGCCGACAAGAGUCAUAUUCUGAAACUGAUCUGAACAAUUUUGAGGUGAAGCGUAAUGAAUUGGCUCCAACCGUAAGCAAAGUUAUCUGUCGUAAGACCAAAGGAUUUGGGAAGGUACUGUAUGAAUUGAAGCUGGAUGCCAUUGAAACUAGAGUGAACUCCCUAAAAAGCUCAAAUCAGACGCACCCGAAUUUCAUUGAAGGGUUAUCUCAACUAAUUCCAGCAUUAAACGCUUUCCUGGAUAUGUCUUCACAAGAUUCAGUAAGUGAAAACUUUUUUAUAAAAAUUUAUGAUUCAGUUCAUUUGGAAAGUGGAGAAAUCCUGAGGGCAUCUGAUAGCUUUCAAAACAAAGAGUGGUUCAGCAAUGUUGCCGUAUCAGCAGCAGAAGACCAAGUUCAGUAUGAGUCAGACGAUGGUAUUUGGUAUGGGAAGGUAUUAAUUUUUUUAAGAUUCUUUUGGGGGUCAGCAAAGGAUCCAUUUGACCUUGCAAUGGUUCGUUGGUAUGACAUUGAGCCAAGUGAGCCAGAGCUGUAUGGUUGCCCACAGCUAUUUUAUACAAAUGAUUAUGAUAUUAUCCCAAUAGGUUCCAUUUACAAAGAGGCACAUAUUGUACCAAGAUUUGAUAAAGAAAAUCGAUUUUUACUUAAUAAAUAUAUGUUUUAA